AUGUCUCCUUCACACUUGCCUCUUCGCUGGGAGAGCACCGGAGAACAGUGGUGGUACGCUUCUCCGAUCGAUUGCGCAGCCGCGAACGGCCACUACGAUCUGGUGGUGGAGCUUCUCCACCUCGACACCAACCUCCUCAUUAAACUCACUUCCCUCCGCAGAAUUCGGCGCCUCGAGACAGUGUGGGACGACGAGGAACACUUCGAGGACAUCGCGAAAUGUCGCUCGCAGGUUGCCUGGAACCUCAUGCUGGAAUGCGAGACGGGAAGAGGAACCAACUCUCUCGUUCGGGCCGGCUACGGCGGGUGGCUUCUCUACACCGCCGCCUCCGCCGGUGACGUGGAUUUCGUCCGGGAACUGUUGGGGAGGAACCCUGCGCUUGUGUUCGGAGAAGGAGAGUAUGGGGUCACUGAUAUACUGUAUGCUGCUGCGAGGAGCAAUAACUGUGAGGUGUUUGAGGUUGUGCUUCGUUCUGCUCUCUCACCGGCGCAAAUGGAAGAGGUUUACGAGAGGGAUAUGAUGAAUAGGGCGGUUCAUGCCGCUGCGAGAGGAGGGAACUGGGAGAUGCUGAAACAGCUUUUGGUAGAGGGUUGUGGCGUUUUGGGGUUUAGAGAUGCUCAAGGGUGCACUGUUUUGCAUACUGCAGCUGCCAGAGGACAGGUUCAGGUGGUGAGAAAUCUACUUGCAUCAUUUGAUGUUGUAAACUUAACAGAUGAUCAAGGGAACACAGCAUUACAUGUAGCAUCUUACGGGGGUCACUUAGCUGUGGUGGAGAUUCUGAUUCUUGCAUCCCCCUCACUAGCAUUGUUAACCAACCACUAUGGAGAUACUUUUCUUCAUAUGGCAGUGGCUGGUUUCAGAAGUCCCGGUUUCCGUAGACUGGACAAACAUGCCGAGCUAAUGAAACAAUUGGUAAGGGGAAAGAUUGUGAACUUACAGGACAUCAUCAAUGUUAAGAACAACGAUGGAAGAACGGCUCUUCAUGUAUCCGUGAUUGAUAAUAUUCAAUGUGAACUAGUGGAAUUGUUGAUGUCUGUGCCAUCAAUUGAUCUGAACAUUUGUGAUGCUGAUGGGAUGACCCCUUUGGAUCUUCUAAAACAAAGACCACAGUCAGCAUCUUCUGAUAUUUUAAUCAAGAUGAUAAUUUCCGCUGGAGGGGUCUCGAAUCGUCAAAAUGCUAUAGCAGGAAAUGCCCUUUGCACUCAUCACAAAGCUCAUGUCAUUGGAGGCAGUCCUGGUACUUCAUUUAGAAUACCAGAUGCAGAGAUAUUCUUGUACACUGGCAUUGAGAAUUCAUCAGAUGCCAAUUAUGAUCAAGCAAGCGUGGAAUCACAUUCCUGGUCAAAUGAACUAAGCAAUUCUGACUCAGAAAAUUCCCCAGGUAAUAAGAAGGGUAAUAAUUCUGCCAAUUCUUUUAGAAGGCGUUCAAAAUUUCGUCUCCUGUGGCCUAAAAAAAGAGAGAGAAAAGCAACUGCAUCAGAAUUAGAAGAUGAUUCUCUUGAUCCUUUGCGUUCAAGUAGAAACUUGGAAGAGUUUCCUAUUCCAUUGCGGCAAAGAUACUCGCAACCAUGCUCCCUUCCAAACAACAAAAGAACACAAUCUAUGAGGGCUUCUCUUCCAAGUUCAUCCUCCAGAGUGAAAUUCAGUGCAGGUCUGAUGCAAGGUGUAAUUCAGGUAAAGCCACGUUCUGCUCAUUCAACUCCAAGUCCUUUCCAAGAAUUAUCUGUGACUUCUCUUUCUUCCAUCAAGAAACAAAAGGGUACUGAUAUAAAGGGACCCUUUUGCUCUAACGGACCAUUAGAUGAAGACACACUUCUAUUAAAUUACAAACAGUGCUCCUUCAAUAAAAAAAUGAUGAAUGGGUAUUUUUCUUUUGGAGCACAAGGCCUGGCUGUUGAAAAUUCCAAUAGCUGUGCGAAGUCAAACAGAAGUUACAAGUGUUUGAGUUCCGUAGUUGCCUAA